AUUCGAAGUCUGUCUCCUACUAUCUGGCUAACGUUAUUCUGCUCUAGUCUGGCAAGACACUAAAUUGACACUUCCAGUGAUUAUCCCAAGAAGAACAAAUCCAGUAAAAUCGAUAUACACAAGGCGGUUCGACCAAGAUCUGUGCGUUUAUCGUUCUUAUGGCGGAGUUAGGAGAAAGCGGCGGAGUGACUUCACCGACUACAGGAGAGAAACUGGCCGUGCCCGGGGAUGAGACAGACGAAGAGACGCAGUGCAAAGAAUCGGUGUCUAACGGGGACUGUGGGGUACCAGCCAUGGUUGGCUCUGAGUCCCCGACAAAUCCUGACAUCCCUGGGUUGGAAACGGCCAACAGCACCUCUGUCGGAGUGGAUACGAAAUCGGGAAUACCUCGGAGGACCAGUAUUAUAAAGGAUGGGUCGAGGCAGCGCAGAGAAAGGAAGAAGACAGUCUCCUUCAGCAGCAUGCCCACAGAGAAGAAAAUCAGCAGUGCUAGUGACUGCAUCAACACCAUGGUGGAGGGCUCAGAGCUGCGGAAGGUCCGCUCCAACUCUCGCAUCUACCACCGCUACUUCCUGCUGGAUGCCGACAUGCAGUCACUGCGGUGGGAGCCCUCUAAGAAGGAGUCUGACAAAGCGAAGAUCGACGUCAAGUCGAUUAAGGAGGUGCGGACGGGAAAGAAUACUGACAUUUUCCGAACAAAUGGAAUUUAUGAUCAAAUAUCAGAGGAUUGCGCAUUCUCGAUUAUAUAUGGGGACAACUAUGAGUCCCUGGAUUUGGUAACAAACUCUGCAGAUGUGGCAAACAUUUGGGUAACAGGGCUCAGAUACCUGAUAUCAUAUGGGAAACACACUCUGAACAUGAUUCAGAGCAGCCAGGACAACCUUCGGACUUCCUGGCUGUCAGAGCUCUUCGCUGUGGCUGAAGCCAAAGGCAACAGCAAGCUAAGUUUGUGCACUGCUGUGCAGCUAAUUAAAGACUUAAAUCCUGGUCUAAAAAAUGUAAAAAUAGAGCUAAAAUUCAAAGAAUUUCACAAAAGUAAAGGUAAGGCAGGUAGUGAAGUAACUAAAGAGGAAUUUAUUGAAGUUUUUCAUGAUCUUUGCACCAGACCAGAAAUUUACUUCCUGUUGGUCCAGUUCUCCAGCAACAAGGAGUUUUUGGACACCAAGGACCUCAUGAUGUUCCUGGAGGCAGAGCAAGGCAUGGCCCAGGUAAGUGAAGAAACCAGUCUAGAGGUCAUCCGGAAAUAUGAGCCUUCCAAAGAAGGACAGCUCAAGGGCUGGCUCUCCCUUGAUGGAUUCACUAAUUAUCUCAUGUCACCUGAGUGCCACAUAUUUGACCCUGAACAGAAGGCAGUAUGUCAGGACAUGAACCAGCCCUUGUCCCACUAUUAUAUAAAUGCCUCCCACAACACUUACCUGAUUGAGGAUCAGUUCCGGGGACCAUCUGACAUCACAGGGUAUAUCCGUGCUCUCAAGAUGGGCUGCAGGAGCGUGGAGCUGGAUGUGUGGGAUGGGCCAGACAAUGAGCCAGUCAUCUACACAGGUCACACAAUGACAUCACAGAUCGUCUUCCGCAGUGUCAUUGACAUUAUCAACAAAUUUGCUUUUGUUGCAUCCGAGUUUCCACUCAUCCUUUGUUUGGAAAACCACUGUUCGUUAAAGCAGCAGACGGUCAUGUUCCAACACCUGAAAAAGAUCCUGGGGGAUAAACUUCACACUGAUCCCCCCAAAAUGGACGAGAGCUACCUCCCCUCCCCUUCUGAGCUGAAGGGAAAGAUCCUGCUGAAGGGUAAGAAGCUGAGUCCCAGCUGCACAGGUGCAGAAGGUGAUGUGACGGACGAGGAUGAGGGGGCCGAGAUGUCUCAGAGGAUGAACAGUGAACCUGGGGAGCCGCCAAAUACUGCCCCGCCCAAAAGGUUUCAACUGUCUAAGGAUCUCUCUGAUCUAGUGACACUGUGUAAAUCCAUUGGAUUCAAGGACUUCCAGGCAGCAUUUCAAAGCCAGAAGUACUGGGAGUUCUGUUCCUUCAAUGAGGUGUUUGCCAGCCGGUGUGCCACGGAGUACCCAGGUGACUUUGUCAACUUUAAUAAGAAGUUUCUGGCCCGGGUUUACCCGAGCCCCAUGCGAAUCGACUCUAGCAACAUGAACCCUCAGGACUUUUGGAAGUGUGGCUGCCAGAUUGUGGCUAUGAAUUUCCAGACCCCAGGCCUAAUGAUGGACCUCAACAUCGGUUGGUUUCGUCAGAAUGGGAACUGUGGUUAUGUUCUGCGUCCGGCUAUCAUGAGGGAAGAAGUUUCAUAUUUCAGUGCCAACACCAAAGACACCGUCCCAGGUGUAUCCCCGCAGCUAUUGCACAUUAAGAUCAUCAGCGGACAGAACUUCCCCAAGCCCAAGGGUUCAAGUGCCAAGGGUGAUGUUGUCGACCCAUACGUCUACGUGGAGAUUCACGGCAUUCCAGCCGAUUGUGCUGAGCAAAGAACUAAAACUGUCAAUCAGAAUGGAGACAACCCCAUUUUCGAUGAGAGCUUUGAGUUUCAGAUCAACCUGCCAGAACUGGCCAUGGUGCGCUUUGUUGUGCUGGAUGAUGACUACAUUGGGGAUGAGUUUAUCGGGCAAUACACUAUCCCCUUUGAGUGCCUCCAGCCCGGCUACCGGCACAUUCCGCUACAGUCACUGACAGGGGAGGUCCUGCCUCACGCCUGGCUGUUUGCCCAUGUCGCCAUAACCAACCGACGGGGAGGGGGCAAGCCCCACAAGCGCGGGCUCUCUGUGCGCAAAGGCAAGCGGAGCCGGGAGUACGCGACCAUGCGGGUGCUGCUCAUCAAGGCUGUGGACGAGGUUUUCAAGGCUGCUGUGCAGCCACUGAGGGAAGCGACGGAUCUUCGAGAGAACAUGCAGAAUGCCAUAGUGCCAUUUAAGGAACUGUGUGGUCUUUCAGCGGUGGCGAACCUCAUGCAGUGCAUUCUGGCCCUCUCCUCCCGCCUGACUGGGCCUGACAACACCCCCCUCGUGAUGUUCAACCUGAAGGACCAGUACCCCACCAUGCAGCCUCAGGGUGUGCUGCCUGAGGUGCUGAAGAAGGUUGUCACGACCUAUGAUGUGAUGAUGCAGACAAGUAAAGCUCUGAUUGAGAACUCUGAUGGUGUCUACGAGAGGUUGCUUCAGACCCAGAAAGCAGCGAUGGAGUUCCAUGAGAACCUUCAUGACAUGGCCGUGAAAGAAGGACUGAAGGGCAGGAAGCAACACAAGGCUGUGGAGAGCUUUACCUGGAACAUCACCAUCCUGAAGGGCCAAGCUGACCUGCUGAAACAUGCCAAGAACGAGGUUCUGGAGAACCUUAAGCAGAUCCAUUACGCCGCUCUCACCUGUAACCUGUGCAAGGGUGGGGCAGGGGCCACUGGCGGAGCCGAGAGCAAGCCCCGCCGUAGCUUGGAGGCCAUCCCAGAGAAGGCAGGAGCAGAGGAGGAGAAACAAGAGAGGGAGCAGUAGACCCC